GUAAACAGCCCAAAUAAUGCUUUAUCUGUCCAACUAUAAAAAAAUAAAUGUAGUCUAUAUUGAUUUAAUGCUGAAAGUCUUGGGGGAUUUUGGGCAUACACUUUCACUGUAUUCAAUGGGUUGAUUUUUAUGGCUCAACAGCCAAUCAGGUCGAUUCUAAAAUUUUCGAAGUGACGUAAAAAGCAAGUGCGAAAUUUUGCAGAACUUCUCUUGGAGCGGCUCUUCCCAAUUUGCAGUUGCUGGAAAUAUCUAUAAAGACUGGAAUAUGAGCUCAGUCAAUGCAAAGUCGCCCAACGUUGAGGAUCGAUCAGCGGUCGUGCGUGGAGAAGCUGAAACGACAGGCUUUGGAUCCUUCUCCUAGUAUAACGACCGAUCGCAAUCAACACGAUUCAAGUAUUAAAGCCAGCAGCGCCAAGAGUACAACUAUACCUUCCGCGGCCGAUGUGGCAGCAGCAUGGACUGCAGCAUGGGAUGAGAAUUCACAAGCGUACUAUUGGUGGAAUACCAUCACUUACGAAACGACAUGGGAUAAUCCUACAAGUGUAACGGCAGAAACGGACAUUUCACCAUCUUCUACUCACGAUACCACUUCUUUCCCCAAUGAUGCUCAACAGCAAGACAGUGACACUGUUCCUCCAACGGCCAAUAAUCCGCUCGACUCAAUAUUGGACAAAAUUGACACGCAGGUACGAGGGAAGUUGGAUGGUGAAGCUGCCACAGACAGUCAUACACAGGUGCCCUAUGCGUCGCUGUUCGAUGAUGAUUCAUACGGAAAUAACGAUGAUCCAUAUAAAUUUCAAGCCUUUUUCAAUGCCAAGACAGGCCGAUUCACGACGGCGAGUGAAGCUGAACGGCUGAACCCAGAAAAUCUUUCUAUUGAGAGUCGAGCCAAAAGACAGAUGCAGUAUUAUUUCGAUGUGGAUGCUUACAUGGACGAACGAAAUAGAGAACGGCAAGCUGGUAUUAGUCGACAAAAGCGGCCGCUGAGCAAAAAGGAUAUAGAACGCUUCAAAAGAGCAAAACAAGAGAAAAAGUCUAGACGAGCUAGAGAAUGGCUGUGUGAUUAAAAAAAAAAAAUCAUUGUCUUCAAAUGCAAUAAAAUAGAGCAAGCCAAAAAAUGAGUGUUGAACGGGAAAUUUGGGUUCGCUCAGCGUGACUGUGACUGUUGUGUUUAUCGUCUUUUGCACG